AUGAGGUCGUUAGCAACACCACACCGAGGAUACCCCUUCUUGUUGGCUUCACAAGUGCUACUUCUUUUGUCAUUAAUAGCCACAGCUGCUGCGUACAAUCUUCAAAACAAACGAGUAUUGGUGACCGGAUCCAGUGGAGGAAUUGGUCGAGGGAUUGCCUUAGAGUUGGCACAAGCAGGAGCUCACGUCUUGGUCCACUACAACCAACGUCAAGAUGGGGCUCGUGAAACGGCACGGCUCAUUGAAGAACGCAACGGCGUCUGUCCGGGAAUAUCCCAGUGCGACUUUUCCCAUCCCGCACAUAUUCAUUCUCUAUUCCAGCAAAUCCACGGCAUUUGGCCCGAAGGGAUCGAUGUUCUAGUCAAUAAUGCCGGGGUAGUGGCCAAAUUGGCCAUGGAAGAUGAUGACGAUUACGUAACGGAAUGGCGUGAUACCCUCAAUAUCAAUUUGAAUGCACCUCGUCUACUCAGUCACAUGGCCAUCAAGGGAAUGAAACAACGUGGUGGUGGUGUCAUUAUCAAUGUCAGUUCCAUUCACGGAGAAAAAUCGAAUGAAUACAUGUCCGCAUAUGCGGUUAGUAAGGCUGGAUUGGAUAUGCUCACCAAAUCCAUGGCCAUGGAGUAUGCCGAGCAUAAUAUUCGUGUCAAUGCCAUUGCUCCGGGACCUGUCGAAGUCGAGCGAACCGCCGAGUAUUUUCGGAAUCCAAGAAAUCUCAAAGAUUGGACCGAUAAAAUGCUCGUAGACAAGGUCGGCUCGGUACAAGAAGUGGCGCAGGCAACUAUGCCCUUGAUCACCAACGAUUGGAUUACGGGAACAGUAUGGCAAAUUGAUGGAGGCAUAAUGGCACGAGGAAACUUGCCCCAACGGGAACGACCUCCGGUCCAAGCUCGCAAAGACGCCCCACCACAGGCCCGACCCAAUCAGCCACAAGAAUUUGGGAUGCCGCAGCAGCAGAAUAUGCAACAAGGAAUGCCACAACAGCAGGGCAUGAGACAAGACCAGGGAAUGCCGCAACAGCAGGGCAUGAGACAAGAUCAGGGAAUGCCGCAACAGCAGGGCAUGAGACAAGACCAGGGAAUGCCACAACAGCAGGGCAUGAGACAAGACCAGGGAAUGCCGCAACAGCAGGGCAUGGGACAAGAACAAGGACGAAUGAUGCCCCCGCCUGGAGGAAGAAAUAAUCCAUUGCAGCAAAGUCCUCCAGGGGGAUAUCAAGAUCGUCCUCUGGAUCAACCAACAGGAGAAGGAUUUGUACCCAUGCAAGAUCAGGGCGACUAUAUGAGAAAUGGUGGAGGAGCCAAUAGCAUACCCGGACGUGACUUGGGUGGGCGUGCGACGGCAGGACAAGGGUACAUUCCACGAGAAGGGCUCGACACGGGCUCGGGAGGCGGUGGACCAGGACAAACCUACAGGAAGCCCAUUGAUGGCACUGGAUAUCAACCUGAACAAGCCCGGCAAGGGGGGCCACCACAGAGCAUUCAGCCUCAGGAUGCAAACACAUUGAGGGGAACCCCCUUGAAUGCUGUUGACCCUUACGCUCCCCUAACUCCCCUCGGCGGGACAAGCAGUCCUAUGGAUGGAACGACUGGCAGUGGUAAUACACGGAAGAAAGGAGGGCCCAAACGCAGCAGUGGAUUAGGUGGUACCAGUGAACCAUUCCAGCGGCCAGGAGAAAACAGCGGUUGGGGUAACAGCAAUUGGCCGAACGGCCCAAGCUUCUAG